AGAUUCCAAAUCAGAUUGCAGGUGACAUCAUGAUUUCACCUUUGUUCUGGCUCUGCUUCCUGCUGCAGCUGUCAAUCGACACGCUCGCCUGUGACAGUGCGGUCAACCGGGAGACACCUGGGCUCGUUUUGGGACCACUUUAGUUUGUCUUUGAAGCCAUGUGUUGCACGGGGAAGUGCGCCCGCCUGGUGGGUCUGAUCCUGCUGCCUUCAGCCUUCAUCUGCAUCAUCUCCAACCUGCUGCUCUUCUUUCCGGACGGCCAGCAGCUGGAGAGCGACCAGGUGUCCCUGCAGGUCUGGCUGAUGGGUGGCCUGAUCGGAGGCGGCGUCUUUAUGCUGUGCCCGAGCUGCUCCGCUAUCAGGGCGGGGGGCAAAGGUUGCUGUGGAAAAGGUUGUUGUGGCAACCGUUGCCGGAUGCUGAACUCGGUCUUCUGCUCGGUGUUCGGGGUGAUCGGGGCCAUUUACUGCACCAGCGUGGCCUCUGCGGCUCUGGCAGUCGGACCGAAGUGCAGGACGGCCGAGAACCAGUGGACGUACCCGUUUGAGAACAACCCGACCAAUGAGAGCUACCUGAUGAACCAGGACAGGUGGGGCGAGUGUGAGUACCCGAAGAAUGUGGUGAUGUGGCACGUGGUCCUCUUCUCCAUCCUGCUGGGCGUGGGUCUGCUGCAGCUGAUCCUCUGUGGCAUCCAAGUGGUCAACGGCUGCCUGGGCUGCUUCUGCGGAGACUGUCGAGAGAGCAAGCAGGAUGAAGACGGACUGUAGAAGAAGAGGCUGCGCCGCGCCACCGUGAGGGCCACGACCCAGAUGUUUCCUCAAAGUUCACCUUCAACUAAAUCAUCUGAACCUUGUGUUUGACGUCAGCCUCUCUGAAUUAUUUCCACCUUUUUGUUCACCGUCUGCACCCAACUGGCCUGAUUGUUUUUGUUUAUU